CCCUAACUAGAAAAGUUAAAAGCUUAUCCUCCCUUAAAGCCUAGAGGGUUGCCAUAGUCUAAUUCUUAAACAGUAUUUCUGUCCUACACAAUUCAGAAGUAACUUCUAAAAAUAUGUCUAUAAGAGCACAAAAACUAAAUAAAGAUGAGUAAAUGUGGCUAGAGGAGGCCCCUUCUCAAACAGAGCCAUGCUUCCAUAAGAGGUGUAACCCAGAGAAACAAGAGGCACAGAGUGGAUCCUAUGAGAACGAGAAAACCACGUUUGUGCCUGUAGCUCUUGGUCCCUCGGCAUGGUUCCGGUACACGGACAUAGUUGUCCACCUAGGUAGGAUGCCUGUUGGUGGAUAUGUCUGCUUAAUCCACAUCUUUCAUGGUGUCACUGCAGAUUGUAGCCUGGUGUGAGGGGAUCUAAAGACCUGCAUGCACUUGUCACAGCUGUUACUCAUUAACUUGGGUGACUUUGGCCAAGUCACUGAAAGUCUCUAGGUGUCACUCCUCUCAGCUGAAUCAUACAGAAUUGGAACUGGUUAUUUUUUCCCAGUUCUGACCGUUUUUAAGAUCUCCAGCUGUUACAGCAAGGCUUCUGGGCUUCUCUGAGCUGUCACUGGGCUGCGCAGGAAAUGCGAAUGAGCGUUCACUUGAGCAAAACACAGAGGAAGGGAAUGAUCCGCCAAAGCAAGUAGCCCAGGAUACCCACAGCCAACAGCGAAGUUCCAGGCAUGGUUUAGAUGGCGUGCUUUCUCUAAUGGCUCUGGUGCUCUGGCAGGUCAAGAGAGACCAGAGUAACUUGAAGAGCCACGGAGAAGCCUUCAUCUUGGAUAGAAAUCAAGCAGGGACACAGCUGGGCCACUCAGAAGCACCUGAGGACUGAUCAAAAAGAGAGAGGGCCAGCAACAGCAAGCUGCCUGGGCCCUAAACUAGACCUGCUGCUCCAGCAGCUGCACAGCUAAGUGGAGCCUGCAGACCUGACUUUGACCCUCUCAGGAGAACUGACUCAGGGAGCCUCCCAGGAUGUCUGUCUCGCCAAACAACCUGAAUUUGGUGGAAAAGGCACCAAAUGUAUCAGCAAGGGACUGCUUCCAAUCUCGGAGCACCGUCCUGCAGGGGCAGCCCUUUGGAGGGGUCCCCACCGUGCUGUUCCUCAACGUCAUCUUGUGGGUGCUCAUCAUUCUGGUUUACUCCUUCCUCCGGAAAGCUGCGUGGGACUAUGGGCGCCUGGGUCUGCUGAUCCACAAUGACAGCCUGACCUCGCUGAUCUACGGGGAGCAGAGUGAGAAGACGUCUCCCUCGGAUAUUUCCCUGGAGAUAGAGCACAAGGACAAGCACUUCUAUUCCUGGUUCUUCAACACCAUCACCAUGAAGAAUGAAGAUCUGAUUAGCAAGUGUGGAGACGAUGCCCGCAUCUACCUCAUGUUCCAGUACCAUCUCAUCAUCUUUUUGCUUAUCAUCUGCAUCCCCUCCUUGGGCAUCAUUUUGCCCAUCAACUACACUGGAACAGUUCUGGACUGGAAUAGUCACUUUGGCCGGACCACCAUCAUCAAUGUCUCCACAGAGAGUAAGAUCCUGUGGCUGCACAGCCUCUUCUCUUUCUUGUACUUCAUCACCAGCUUCCUCUUCAUGGCUCAUCACUGUUUAGGGUUUGUGCCCAAGAAGAGCUACAAGGUCACAAGGACACUGAUGAUCACCUAUGUCCCCACGGACAUCCAAGACCCAGAAGUCAUCAUUAAGCAUUUUCAAGAGGCCUAUCCAGGAUGUGUAGUGACCAGAGUCCACUUCUGCUAUGACAUCAGGAACCUGGUCGACUUGGAUGAUCAGAGGCGCCACGCAAUGCGGGGCCGGCUCUACUACACUGCCAAGGCCAAGAAGACUGGGAAGGUGAUGGUCAAGGUCCACCCCUGUUCCCGCCUGUGCUUCUGCAAGUGCUGGACCUGCUUCAAAGAGGUAGAUGCAGAGCAAUAUUACAGUGAGCUGGAGGAGCAGCUGACAGAUGAGUUCAACGCCGAGCUCAACCGCGUUCGGCUGAAGCGUCUGGACCUGAUCUUUGUCACCUUCCAGGACUCCAGGAUGACAAAGCACAUCCAGGAGGAUUACAAGUACAUCCAGUGUGGUGUGCCCCCCCAGCAGUCCUCAGUGACCACCAUGGUCAAAUCCUACCACUGGAGGGUCACCCAUGCCCCACACCCCAAAGACAUUAUUUGGAAACACCUGUCCAUCCGUCGUUUCCACUGGUGGGCCCGCUUCAUCGCGAUCAACACCUUCCUCUUCUUCCUUUUCUUCUUCCUCACCACACCCGCCAUCAUCAUCAGCACUAUCGACAUGUACAACGUCACCCGCCCCAUCGAGAACCUGCAGAGCCCAGUCGUGACCCAGUUCUUCCCCUCCCUGUUGCUCUGGGCCUUCACAGUGAUAAUGCCUCUGAUUGUCUACCUCUCCGCCUUCCUCGAGGCCCACUGGACCAGAUCAAGUCAGAAUCUGAUCAUAGUUCACAAGUGCUACAUCUUUCUUGUGUUCAUGGUGGUCAUUCUGCCAUCUAUGGGACUGACCAGUUUGGAUGUCUUUUUCCGCUGGCUCUUUGACAUCUACUAUCUGGACCAGGCGUCCAUCAGAUUUGAGUGUGUGUUCCUGCCAGACAAUGGUGCCUUCUUUGUCAACUACGUGAUCACGGCAGCUUUGCUUGGCACAGGCAUGGAGCUGUUGCGCCUGGGAUCAUUAUUCCUGUACACCACCCGCCUCUUCUUCUCCAGAUCAGAGCCAGACAGAGUCCACAUCAGAAAGAACCAGGCCAUUGACUUUCAGUAUGGGCGAGAGUACGCAUGGAUGUUGAAUGUCUUCAGCGUGGUGAUGGCGUACAGUGUCACCUGCCCUAUCAUUGUCCCUUUUGGGCUGCUCUACCUGUGCAUGAAGCACGUCACGGACCGCUAUAACAUGUACUACUCCUACACGCCCACCAAACUCAACGAGCAGAUCCACAUGGCUGCUGUCUACCAGGCCAUCUUCGCACCACUCCUGGGGCUGUUCUGGAUGCUCUUCUUCUCCAUCCUACGGUUAGGUUCGCUGCACGCCAUCACCUUCUUUUCCCUUUCCACCCUUAUCGUUUCCAUUAUAAUCGCCUUCCUUGGCACUUUUCUGGGGAAGCUUCGGAGGGUGUCUGACUAUGAGCCCGAGGAGGAGAUGGAGACGGUGUUUGACAUGGAGCCAAGCAGCACCUCCUCCACGCCCACCUCACUUCUGUACGUGGCCACUGUGCUGCAGGAGCCAGAGAUGAACCUGACACCAGCCUCCUCCCCUGCCCGGCACACCUACGGCACCAUGAACAGAGAGCUGGAAGAAGGAGAAGAGGAGAGCGGUGCGAGGGGCUUUGAGAGCGAGCUGGACUCAGCCCAGUUCCAGGAAGGGCUGGAACUGGAGGGCCAGAGCCAGUACCACUGACCAGCGCCCAAGGCCUCCACCCGGUGACUCUGGCCGGGAGUGGCAGCCAGAGGAGGCCCCCGCAGGGGGAAGAGGAGGGCGGCCCAAAUAUCCUGCAGACAGUGGGGAGGCCCCAAGGGAGACAUCUGCCACCCUGGCUAUCAACUGCACGGAGACCCCGACCUGCUGAUCCACUAGAGCAGGAGGUGCCGGGCAGUACAGAGGCACCCGGCAUGGGAUGGAGGAUGUAACCAAGCACCAUGUCUUGGGAGAGGUGGCUGAUGCCCUGGGCACAGAUACCGAAGGCUGGGGGACCCUUCUGGGGUCAGGAUGGAGAAGGUGUGUGUAAAGGAAGGGACAGAAGCCCACCAAAGACUGUCUGGGGUCUUUGCCACCCUUCCACAGCUGCCCUGCCAAGGACCUGCCACUCCCCUGCCCCACCCCACCCCUCCCCUGCAGUCUGAGGAAGCAAAGGUAUGUGAGCUGGGCCUCGUGGACAAGACGUGACCACCUCAUCUGGUUUCCCUGCAUGGGGAUCUAGAAAGGGGAAGUUCCUGCUCUCACCGGAGCCAGGGGCAGCUGAGACCAGAGACCUGAGAGGAGGUGGCUGAGUCCCUUCCUGUUGCUCUGCGCCUUGUCUGAUGUCCCCAGGAGCAGCAGGGUGGAGACCCUUCUCCUUCCUAUUAUUGCAAGGGUAGCUCGGGCAUGGCACUCGGGGCUUAUUAAAUGGGACCUGUGUGCAUUUUGAUGAAGGUGACCUUGGCUGGUUACUGUAAGGUGGGAGGGGCAAGGGCAGAAUUCAUGGAGGGAGUUCUUCUCCCAAAAUGCUAGGUGAUGGGAAACCAUAUACACCUCUCCAAGCACCAGGCCUAAUGUAAAGAUCCCCAAGGUCAAGGUGUGGCCACUGAGAGCUGCUCCUGCCUCAUACCCACUGAGGGUCUGGGGCCUCAGCACGGCCAAGGUGAGUGGUAGCUCAGUGUAAGAAGCCCAUGCUUCAAACUGAAGGCACUGGCCAUUCCUUCACCUCCAAGUCGGACCCAUCCUGUCCUCUCAGGGCCACCCUGAACCCUGGACUAAAGACCACUCAAGUGGCCUCCAGGGUGGUCCUGGCUCAGACACUGUGUUGCCUUGCCGGUGAAUGGGGGUAGGGACUGUCCUCCACAGAGAGGUCCUUUCUAGUGGAGAAAGGCUGCCUCCAGGGGCUGCUACCAUCCCACACCUGGAAGAGCCAAAUCUUGAGCAGGUACAAUGCUGGUGACACCCAGCACCUUUGCCAAAGGCAGGCGGGUGCAUGCCUCUGGGCAUCGGCCACAUCAGAACCACCUGGGAGGCCAGCAGGGGAGGACAUGGAGAAGGGCUGGCUGGGGCCUCAGUGGACAAGAAUGAGCCAAUCAGGUGGGGUCUGUGUGCUCUCUCCUGAGCUCCCGUCCAGCAGAGUGGUCGGGGCCCCCACAGGGACCUCUGGCUGCCAUGGGGAGGCGGCCGGCUCCAGGCAUUGCCCAACCCCCAGACUGUGUACCUGGCAUGGGGGGAGUCCUGCCGGAAGCCAGCCUGUGGGUGCUCCGUCACUGGGCACCCCUUGCUGGCACCUGUCCGCAGGCUCCGCAGCCCCUACUGGGCUGCUCUGCUGCUCCCACUGCUCUCCCUCCUCGCUACUCCCCCUGCCCACCAGGCAGACUUCAGAAGCUGCAUGUGGAUAGGAUCCCAGCAGAUUACAUGGCAGCAUGGCUGGGGGGCCUCGCCCUCUGAAUUUGGGUAAAGUGCAGUCUGGUUCUGAAAAAAAGUAGUGCAAAUGUUGGGAAAGUUCCAGAGUCCAUUCACUUCGCUACUCUUCCUGGAGACCCAGGACAACUGGCAAGGCCCCCCCCACCCCCAACAGCCGCUUGACCCCCCAGUCAUGUGUGCUGGGCAUGAACAUGCUUAUGCUCCUCUCCAGGCAGCUGCCCUCCAGCCUGCUCUCCACACCUCCAUCUACCACCAUCCCACCCUACCAUCAGCUCCUGCCAGCCACCCCUCCCCUACCUGUCCCCUGAAGCACCCCCUCUCAGACUUGGUUCUUUCUGGAGGGAGCUGCCUCAAGGGGUAACCUCGUAUUGCCUAGGGCCUCCAGGAGGUGCCCCACUGGUCCUGGAGCAGCUCCAUGCCUGCCUGCCUCUCCCUCAGAUGCUUCUGUCAAAGUGCCUAUCAGCAGCAUUACAUCCUUUGGGGACUCCAGUGGGGCGUGUGGACUUCCCCUGGCUAUGACCACUAAAGGAAUGUGCCAGAAUGCCGAACCUUCUUGUUAUUAAUGCUGUGACAGUGCCUUGAAUAAACAAGUCCUCCCAA